GGGACAGGCAGCGAGGCGUGAGCAUGACCCGCUCCGAGCCCAGCCCAGCCAUGCCCGCGUCGCCCUUUCCUGUUAGCCGUGAGUUGACUCUGUAUUGCUACAGAGACCCGCAAUGGGAGCGUGCAGUUUUCUGUUGAAAAAUUCUCUCAAGAGCUCAUGAUUUUUUUCCAUCUCUCCUCUUAACAUUUCUACUACUCCGCAGACAUGGCUCACCACGCAAGGCCUUCCAGAUUAGCCAAAAAGGAAGAGAUAGGCAAAAAGAAAACUAACCAGGGUAAAAAGAAAUCUAGCCAAGUGAGAAAGAAAACCACAAAGACUUCCACAAAAGCUGUUAGUUCUGGAAAAGGCAAAAAGCCGGCACAAGAAAAAGAUGUUAAGAAAAAGCAGCAAGAAAAGAAACCAAUCAUGAGCUCUUCAGGUAGAUUUCUCAGGAGCAGUGUCACCAGAACCUUGUCUGGAACACCUUGGGUGAGUUUGGAGAAAGCUGACAAUAUCCUCUUUCAUAGCCAGGAAGCUUUCAACAUCAAUGGUUUUACAAUGUCUCUUCGUAACCGAUCAUUCUCCCGUAGAUUUUCUCAAGCUCCAACAAUUGCAAAACCCAGAAAAGCUGCAGCACAAAAAAAGCUAGAAACAAAGGAAAAACAUGAACAAGCUCUGGCAGUAGUAGAAGACAAAAAUGUUGAAGCAUCUGAAAAUGUGUUGGAACAGAAUUUAGCACAAGAUGAAUUAGCUUCUCUGCCUGUAGAGGAUAUUCCGUGCAGUGUAGAUGAAGAGCCUGCUGCCAUGUGUGCUGGUCAAGAAGAGGAGGGAGAAAUACCUGAAAUGAAGAACUCUGUUCCAAGCACCCAAGUGACUGAUGAUAAUACAGCAGAGUCAGAGGUGGAGUAUGAGCACGAAGACCUGCCCUGUGAGCAGACGCUCAUUGAUCUCAAUGCAAGUAGUGCAGCUGAAGCAUCUGCUGAAGAUGCUGCAUUGGUGCUUCUGUCUUCUGAUUCCAUAACCACCUCUGAAUCAAACUCAAAGGUGUGUAUAGAGACUCCCUUCGACCUGGUGCCUAACAAUAAAGAACCUGACUCUGAUUCUAUUGAUACCUCAGACCCCAGUUCAGCUGUGCUGUUAGAAGAGUUGGUCCCACUUGCUGAAUCCCACACUGAAGCAGAGUCAGACCUGGUGCUAGCCAGUGAAGAAUGCUACUCAAAUUCUGCACCCACAGUUACCUCUGAGUUAAAUUCACAAGAAUGUUUAGAAGAUUUGAGCUCAUUUUCAGAGUCCUGCAUAAAAGCAGAUGGGAAUUUGAAGUCUGAGAAUGAAGAUCUUGGUUCACAUGAAGCUGCCACUGGAGCAAAUUCACUUUUACAUUUUGAAAGUGUAAGUUCACUUGUGGAAUCUGACAUGAAACUCGUGGAUUUUAUGCCCAUUCACAGAGAGAUUGACUCAUGUUCAGAUCUGAGCUGUACAGUAGGGAAUACAGAAUCAGACUCAAAAAACAUAUUUACAGUAAGCGAACCAGUUUCCGAUACCUCUUUAACCAAUAUUGAAGUGGAGGAUAUUGAACAGUUUGUUACAUGUAUUGAUGCAGAGACAUUAAUUUUGAAUUCAGGUUAUGUCCCCGCUUUAUCAUCAGAUAUAGAAAAACGAGCAGUCGAUGAACUCUCCAGUGAGAGUUCCAGAAAAUUCUCUGAAGGUUUUGUUUCAGAGUUGCCUUCAAGCACAGAAAUCUCUGUUCUUGCCUUAGAAAAAGCCAUAAAUGCAGAUUUGCCAGUUGAUUCGAGACUGCAGCAGAAUGAUUAUUCAUCACAGCUGGAAAGUGUUGGGAUAAGCUUGAAUUUGGUUCAGGACAACGUGAGCAACAGCACUCAAACAGUUGAGGCCUCAGGGCCAUCCUCUCUUACAAAUCCGGCUGGCAGUCACCCUCUUGCAUAUUCAUCUCUGCUCCCUGUGUUAGAGAAAAAGAAACGAAGGCGUUGUGGAGUCUGUGAGCCCUGUCUGCGGAAAACAAAUUGUGAAGAAUGCAGCUGUUGCAGGAAGCGCAAAACCAGUCACCGGAUAUGUAAAAAGAGAAAAUGUGAAGAACUGAAAAAGCCGCCGCCACCAAUCACACUACCUCUUGAGGUUCUAACUGAAAACAAAAGACCUCAGAGGAGGAAGCAAAGAGUUUUUAAGGCAAAUUUAGAAAACAAACCAGUAAAUGGCCGCAGACCAGAACUCAUGGAAUGCAGUAUAUGCGGUCAUGGUGAAAAAUACAGGGUGAAAACAAACCAAACACAACCCUUUGAAAAUGCACAGUCUAAGGAGAAAGAAAGAAUGACAGGCUUAGAAGCAGAGAAGUGGGCACAUAACGAGAAGCCAUCCUUUGGUGUCCAUGUCAAUGGAGAUACCCAUGGAACUGUGACAGGCCACGAACACUUGAGAAAUGCAGAAGAAAGUGAAAGAGCGGUCUCUCCCAGUCAAUUAGCUGAGCCAAAAAAAUCAUUUGCACAGACCAUCAAAAAUGGCAUAAAAACCCUACAUUACUUAUCACCAGAAGCAGUUGCUUCACUGAAAAAAGCAUCUGUAGUGGAAAGGACAGAUUUGACAAGCAACUCCCAUGCCCAGUGGAUGAAGGCUACCAAUCUGAAUGACAUAGUCAGCACUCUGACAACUAGUGUUAGCUGUGUUCACCCAGACAAACAAGGAAAUCUUUUCAUGAAAGAGGAAAACUGUACUUGCAGUGUCUUUCAGGAUUCUGAUAAGUCAGUACUGCAAACCAGUUCUGUUUUGGAUCUGCAAGAAAGCACAUGUUGUCCUCCUUUGGUUAAAGAGGAAGUGCAUGGAGAGGAUGGCUUCAAAGUACCUAACGCAGAGACACAGCAUGAGAGUCCUUCACUCCAGCCAACUUUCUUGUCCCUGAUUAAAAACAGAAACCUAACUGUGGAGCAGGUUGUAGCUAUUGAAGCUUUAACACAGUUAUCUGAAGUCCCUUUAGGAACAUCUUCCCCAGCUAAAGCUGAAAAUAGUGAGUGUACAGAAGAAAGAACUUCCAACUUGCUCCAUAGUUAUAAAAGAGAUAUUUCAUCCUCCUUUACGUCUUCUACAUUAAAAGAAAUCAAUGACACUUACUUACAGAAAGAACAACAGCUCUUGACUCACUGUGCUCACUCACAAAAGCAGCUCCCGAAUAAGCCAGCGUUGUACAAUGGCCAAAGUUCGAUUUCUGAAUUGCGUGACAAACCUGCCAAUCUUGCUAGCGAGAUGUAUAAACUGCAGUUAUCCUCAGGAGAUACCAAAACUUUAUCCGAGUUAAGAUCUAAUGCAAAAUCAUUUUCAGGACUUAAUACCAAGAAAAACUAUGAUCCAGUCACCCUUUCACGGUAUUGCAAUGUUCAACAUGCGAGCAACAGCUUGGAUACUCUUGGCCAGUUAGAUCAAAAGCCAACCUGUAAUGAUUUGAACUUGGAAGCUGGUUCUUUAAUUAAAGAAGGAGGAAUUCACAGCCAGGAUGAAGAGGAUGUAGCUACACAACUAACUCAACUUGCAGCAUUAAUUGAAUCAAACCGGGCAAAUCCAGAACAGAAGAAUGACAUAAAGACAUCGCUGCUUAACUUAAUAUCCCAUGAGAGGCAAGCAAAACAUAACCAAGAUCUGCUGCAGAGAAAAGAAUCUGUAUUUUUUAGGCAUAAUUGCGGUUCCUUACUGUUAAAGCAAAAACAAUCAACAAAUAAAAAAGGAAAUGCUGUACCAUGGAAACCAAGACACAAAAAAAAGCCUCAAGAAGCACGCUAUCAACAAAUUAAUCGAAACCAACUAGAGUUGUUGUCAUGCCAGCAUAGUGAGUUACAGGACAUUUGGAUAUCAUCAAAACUGCACAAGCUUGGCCAAACCAUGCCACAGGACUCCAGAAUAGCUUUAUCGGAAAAAAAAUCACCAAGAACCAAAGUACAGAAAGCACUGAGUCAAAAUGCGCUAACAUUACAGGAAAAACCUAGGUUGUUUCUUCCUCAAACACAGAUAAAGUUCCACAGAUUAUCUGAGGUACCGCAGGACAAAAAAAAAGACAGGUUGUUUGGCUAUGAAGUGGUGAAUGAGCAAAUCAAAACUGCAGGCUCCAGUGACCCACCAGGCAUCAUUCCACUGAAAAACGAUGUUGCAGCAUGUAACCAAUAUAGUGAUCUGCUCUCCCGUAAUCCUCUGUCAGUUUCGCAGUUGAAAACAGCAUCCUUGUUAACCAGACCAAGUGAAAACACACAGAUGUUUACAGAAAAAUGUAAUUCUCAGGUACAGCAGGCAGUGAAUGUUGGUCAGACACAUCCUUUGCCUCAAACUUUUAGUCAGUCUAACCUGAGAGCUAGCGAAGCGUGCAGUGAAGAUAAAGCCUAUGUCCAGCAGGGUGCUGUUGAUCGACAGGUAGAUCCGAAGUCGCAGAUGCUGCCUGUUUCCUGCAGUGCGGGUCAGGUGCCAGGCACUGUGGAAGCUCUCAGGAACAUGGAGUGUGCAGGUGAAGUUACCAUUCUAACAUCAAGAAGUUUGGGUACUGACCAUCCACAGAGCACAGGCGACUCAGGGUGUUCUCCAGCAAAAAACACACUCAGCAGUUUUCUUGAAUCACCGAUGAAGUUUCUCGAUACUCCUACAAAAAAUUUAAUAGAUACACCUACAAAAAAAGGACAGUCUGAAUUGCCAACUUGUGACUGUGUUGAGCAAAUUAUUGAGAAAGAUGAGGGCCCAUAUUACACACACCUCGGGACAGGACCAAGCGUUGCUGCUGUGAGAGAAAUAAUGGAGAACAGGUAUGGAGCAAAAGGAAGCGCUGUGAGAAUAGAAGUAGUCGUUUAUACAGGAAAGGAAGGAAAAAGCUCUCAGGGGUGUCCGAUUGCCAAGUGGGUGAUACGAAGAAGUAGUGAUGAGGAGAAGUUGCUAUGCUUGGUACGUCAGCGUGCGGGACACCACUGCCAGACUGCUGUCAUAGUGAUUCUCAUACUGGCGUGGGAGGGGAUCCCUCAUCUCCUGGCUGAUACGCUGUACAAAGAGCUGACGCAGAGCCUCAGAAAAUACGGCUGUCCCACGAGCCGCAGAUGUGCACUGAAUGAAGACCGUACGUGUGCAUGUCAGGGACUUGAUCCAGAAACGUGUGGAGCAUCAUUCUCAUUUGGCUGUUCAUGGAGCAUGUAUUUCAAUGGAUGUAAAUUUGCCAGAAGCAAAAACCCCAGGAAGUUUAGGCUUCUCACUGAUGACCCUAAACAAGAGGAACUUCUUGAACAUAAUUUGCAAACUUUAGCUACUGAUGUGGCUCCGGUUUAUAAAAAGCUUGCUCCUGAAGCUUUCCAGAACCAGGUGGAAAAUGAACACAUGGGCCCAGACUGUCGGCUCGGAUCCAAGGACGGUAGGCCUUUCUCUGGUGUCACAGCUUGCAUAGAUUUUUGUGCCCAUGCCCAUAAGGACACACAUAACAUGCACAAUGGAAGCACUGUGUCCAAAGGCUGCGCAGUAGAGGUCUGUACGUUAACAAAGGAGGACAACCGGAGAGUCGGGGUGAUUCCAAGCGAUGAGCAGCUCCAUGUGUUACCUCUAUACAAAAUUUCACAAACAGAUGAAUUUGGCACUGAAGAGGGAUUGGAAGCUAAGAUAAAAGCCGGAGCCAUACAGGUGCUCACAGCGUUUCCCAGAGAAGUACGGAUGUUAGCUGAGCCUCUGAGAGCUACAAAGAAGAAGAAACCUGACACGAGGAGGACCCCAAGUGAAAAGCAGCAAUUAAUGGAUAAAAAAUAUUCAACACCAAUAAAGCUGAAAACUGAAGCGCCAGAAAAUCUCAGUAACACUUUGCAUUGCUUAGGGAACAAAGCAGAUGCUUUAAAACCUGGGAUAAAAACGGAGACUUCUGAUCACCUCUGUGCCAUGAAACAUACUUCAAACACUACUAAAAAUUGCUCUUUAUUAAAACAAUAUACGGCUUCCUCCCCUUUUAAGGUGGAUAGUUUACAUCCUUAUUCAUCGUUAGCACAUAAGCCUGGCAUAACAGCAGUGACUAAUAUUCAACAAGAUUUUUCAGUUCCCUACGGGUAUUUUGAAUGCAGUAGUAAGCAACCUCACGUGACACCUUAUAUUAAUUGUAAGAACUUUGAUGUGUCUGUCAAAGAUUAUACUGGAAUUUUGCUGAAUGAUAAGAUGAACGGUGUGCCGCCAAUUCUUCCAGAGGUCACUGCUCCAGGCCCCCCAGCCCACAAAGAUCCCCCGCCCAGUAUACUUGAACAUCAGCCAGACAAGCAGAAUUGUCAGCCUCAGUCAGACAGUUCUCCUUCUUCACAGAUGAUCGGCUCUUGCGAUCUGUCAGUACCGUUAAGCUCUCCAGCAAAGGACGCAGUUGGAAAUGAAGCUGACUGUUCCCACAGGUGCCCAGUGGAGAAGGGUGGCUCCCAUCGAGAGCAGAUGUGUGAUUUUGACUGCAUUAACGAAAAGCAGAACAGCGCCCUGGGACAACCGACUGAUUCUGAAGAAAAAGCCGAGGAAAUGUGGUCAGACAGCGAGCACAAUUUUUUGGAUGAUGACAUCGGCGGCGUAGCUGUGGCACCUUCUCAUGGUUCUAUCCUAAUCGAAUGUGCGCGACGUGAACUCCAUGCUACCACACCUAUUAAAAAGCCCAACCGCAAUCAUCCCACGCGGAUCUCCUUAGUUUUCUACCAACACAAAAAUUUAAAUGAGCCAAAACACGGUUUAGCCAUGUGGGAAGCAAAGAUGGCUGAGAGGGCGAAAGAAAAAGAAAAAGAAGCAGAGAGAUUAGGAACAGAGAAUACCGAACUGAACUCCAGCAGCAGGAAAACAAAGCAAACAAGUGAAAACAGAGAGAUUUUUUAUGAAGACAACGAGUUCAACCAAAUUCCUUCACGCAGAGCAUUAACAGUAACUAAAGAUAACGUAAUAACAGUAUCUUCUUAUGCCCUUACCAGAGUUGCAGGGCCUUACAACCAUUGGGCAUAGGCUUUAGUAUCAAAUGCCUCCUCUUGGUGCAGCGUUACGCAGUGUUUCUUUAAGGUGCUGUUAAAGAACAAGUCUUGUGUCGUUUACUAUUUGCUCAUCUCAACCAUUUUAAGGCUGAGGUAAAAAAAUAAAAAGAAAAGGGGGGAUUUCUUCUUAAACUGUGACUUUAACAUUUGGUGGUGCUCAAGCACAUUUUAAGCAAAAAAAAAAAAAAAAAAAAAAAAAAAAAGUUGUAUAGUUUUAAUACAUUCUAAAAAAAGAUUUUGUUUAGGUUAUUAACCUUGAUUGAAAUCAUUCAGUUUAUUACCUUUAGGAAUUUAUAUUUUGGUGCUUUAAAUCAAGUCUGUUUACUACAAAAAUCAUUUAUAGGGAUUUUAACAGGUUCACAUUUUAUGGUGUUAAAUCAAGUUAUACAGUAAUAGCUCUACACAGCUCUUGGUGCUUAACCACAUCAAACAGUUAAAAUAAAUAAGCUGAAUUAUUACUUCAUGGUGCCAUUGCUUUAACAACUUCCAACCAUUGCUAUGUAGUACAAAUUGCAGAGAAACCUUUUAGAAAACCAAUGAUUCUUUUUCUCUAGAUUUGUCCUUCCACAUGAAAUGAAGUUAUUGGCAAAGAUGGCUGGAAGUUGUUUUUAAGCUGUAAAUAUAUAUUUUAAAAGCACUUUCUAUUUUUAAAAUUAACUUGAAAUAGUAUAGUAUAAGGAUCAUAUUGUCUAAGGUUUGUGCAUACUCUACAGAAGAAAUCAUUUUAUUCUUGCUGUGUAGAGUUCCAUAUUGUUACAGCUGCAGUAUGUAUGCUAAUAGUAUGUGAUUGUUUUUAGACUUGCCCUUUUUUGUGGAAGAUUUUAUUACAUAUAAACAACUUAUAAAGUGCAGAAACAUUUUAUUAUUUGAAAGAGAGUGUGCAAACAUGAAAUUAGGAGACAUCAAUACGUGUGUUGCUAUUGAGGAGUUACGAUUUUUGUUUUUUUAAAGGCAGCAUUUGUUACGAUUUCUUUGAGCAAUAAGUGCAUAAGUCUCAUUCAUUUGGAACAUUAUAAGUUAACAUGACAACCAAAUGUUCCUAAGACCUCAGGGGUAGAACUGUUUUGGGAUAAAGAAUACCCCCUAGAGUUGCCUUAUUCUAUUCUGAAAAAAUAUAUAUGUUAAUUUGAGGAAAAUAUAGAGGAAGCGUUGAAAAAGAAUAACAUUUCUAAUAUUUAACAGCAAAUUUUUCAUUGAGAAAACCCAUCUGCAGUGUUCACCAGCUAAGUUCAGGUUUUUUACAAAAACGUUUUGUAAAUUGUUAAGUGAUGUAGAAUUUUCUACUCAUUUUGAGUAGAAAAGGUUGUAUUCUUCCUUCCAAGCAUACAAAUUUUGUUUUCUGGUUCUCUUGGAAAAGUGUCAUAUCAUGAAACCAGUAUUUGCCAAACCAGAGAGAAAACAGGCACUCCAUUGCUUUUAAAUGCUGUAGCAUCCCACUCUUCUUUCUGAUUCUCCUCUCCUAUGUAUUUCCUUUUAAAACUUAUUUAUUUAAACAAAUUACCAAAUGACAAUGUUAGCUAAGGACUGACCUCAUCCUGCAGCUUCCUCCACGAGAACAGUUCCACGUAGCCGUACCUGCCAGUCCGAGCGAGGAGCGCUGCUCAAGCCAGGCCUGCUCUCCGGGCUGAGAGCUGCAGGAUCAGGGCCCAGAGACAAAGCUGUACCUUAAGUCUGCCUCACAGUCCUCCCAGCUGGGUAAACCCAGGGCUUAACGAGGUUAGAGUUCUCCCGUGUGAAGGUAUACUAAUAAUAUACUUGAUAUUGUUAUACUGUAGUGGUGCUGUAACAGAGGAACAUGAAUUUUCUAGGUCUCCUUUAUUUAAAAUCUAGACAAGGUGCUUUUUCCUUGAAAAGUUGAGCUGUAAAUGGAAUGUUUACAGUUUUGGUACGAAAAGUACUUAAAUGGUGUUUUUAACAUAUAGUGCCAGUUAGGACCUUGGUGAUACAAAUACGUAAAUACGGCUGUAGAUCAUUGAGACUGUUCUCCUGUAUAAAUGUAUACACAUGUCGUGUUUGCAGGAGCAAGGUCUGAAGUAGCAAUCGCUAUAUAAUGACCUGGGUUCAAUUGCACAGAUUCCUGUCCAAGCCAACAACAAUACUGAUGGCAGAUGAUGGCUGAAUUGAACCCAUUCUUUGCAUCUUAAGUAAAAUUUGUAAAAACCGGGUAUGCUGCAAAAUCUUAGUUCAGAGCUUAAUAUUAGUUCAAAUAGAGGAUAUGAAGGGAUUGUAAAUAAUAAUAAGACAAAAACAAUAUUACACCAUCAUUUUGUACCAGCAGUUUUAUGCUUCUUGACUACGUAAUAUACAGUAUACAUCAAAUCACUAUGGUAUUUUGUGUGCCUUAGACUUCCAUUUUGAAACUCAUAUUACAUUUUUAGUGAGCCUAAGACUAGUAAGAACUCCAGCUGUCCAUACAGGAAGUAGUGCUGUGUGUUCUGUAGCUAUUCCAUUCACAUAUUUGCUAUCUGGAAACCCUUGUCCAAGACCGUGAGCAAUCAUGUACAGGACAUACUAGUUGAUUGGUUUCACUGCUAGUGCUGAUGGCUUUAAUUUGUGUAAUACAAAUUGAAAAUACCAUUCAGCACUCCUAUAUGAGUAACAACUUUUCUACACAAAACAAUGUUACAGAGCCAUCUACUUAUCGUUAGAAAUGUUCCAAUCGUUGAAGUGGAUCAGUUUCACUUGAAUCGCCCCCAGUAAAUGUCCAGGUUUAAGUUAUGUAUUAAUAGAAACUUCAAGAUGAAAACGUUCCAUUUAAAAACCAGCAGCUUUCCUCAAAGAAGUGAGAAAGAAGUGAAAGGUAGAUCUGAAAGGAUACCUCCAAACAGAGCUCGUGGCAAGUCACUGCAAAAGUGACGGCACCAGUAGAAUUUCAGCAAGUUCAGGUCUACCUUAUUUGAAAUGGCAGUUUUGAGAGAAAAGUUAUCUUAACACAAUAGUAAUGCUAUUAACUGAUAGGUGCUAAAACUCAGAGUUACUACUUAUUAAGAUUACUUAUAUGAGAAAUAUAUAUCAUCUGUACAAUAGGUGCUCUUUCCUCGAUUGUCUGUAAUGUAACUACUUUCUCAGUGUGUAUCUAACAGGCAGGUUAGCUGGCCACUUCUGUUUCCUGCUGUGGCACAUAGCAGGUUGUGAUUUAAGAAGUUAGUAUUUUCUAUUGCUGUACUGCGGUGUGAGAAAUACAACCAUUUACUGUUUUUACAACUGUGUGCUAUUUAUUGUAACAUUUCAGAAUAUUUAUCAGCCUUGUAUACAAACUAUGGUUUUGGUUGGGUUUUUUUUUUUUUUUUGAGAAAGGUUAUCAUUUUUAUAACAGUAUUUGUCUGUUAAGCUUUGUAAAUCUGUGGGUGUAUUGCUUUCCUUCACAGCCCACAUUCCCACAUUGUCACUUGCAAUUUGCUCUUACCCCAUAACAAAGUCCUUCCAGGGUGGCCGGAUCAGAAUCUGGAUCCAAAGUUAACGUAGAUGGCUAGGCCAGACCCACAGAUUGUACUUGGUUUCUAACAGCUGGCAUUGUUCCUGGCAGGAAAAAAAAAACAAUGGAUUCAGGUAUGGGCUGCUGGUGGGAUGUGGUUGCCUUUGGAUCCUUUUUCACAGUACUCUAGCAACAAUUGUCAAGACCCAACGUGGAACACCUUUGAUUUUCUGGGAGAGAUGUUCCUCAUCCCUUUCCCCAUUGGGUCCAGGACCACCACCCCACCUUUACUGUGAAGGAGUGAGGAGAGAGUAGUGCUUGCUGCAGGAGCCAGUUCUGUGCAAGACACUGAGUCCCUCCUGGGUUACUGCAGUCAUGCCCAACUAAAUACUGAAUGUAACCCAUAGAGGUUCUUUGUGUUACUGUUUGUAACGUGCCAUCUUGCAUUACAGAACACAGCAAAAAUAAUUUCUACAAAUAUUUUAGUCACAAGAUCUAAAAAGCUUUGUAAGAACUUACAGAUAUUAGCUGCCUUCUGGCUGUAACAGUUGUAUGCAGUUUUACUUUUUUUUUGCAAGGACUUUCUAAGCUAACUCUUUUACUUAGGAAUAACUGCUAUUAAAAGUCCUUAUCUGACCUAUGACAGUACUUCUCUAUACUUAGAACAGGAAAUAACUGUAGUAUCUAUAGUAACACUUUAUGGUAAGCAUGGGUAAAUUAUGACUUUGUUAAUACUAAAGAUAAUCCGUAACAUACAACUGUUUGGAUUUGUUUUGUUUUUUUUUUUUGAAAAUGCCUUUAUAAUAUCAUUGCAGUAUUACUCUAAAUCUGAUGGGUUAAAUUUGGGUCUCAUUUGGGUCAUUGCUGCAGACCUGUUGAUUGCAAUAUGGUCAUUUAUCAAGCUUUCAUGCAAUUUUCAUGCAAUUUUAACUAAAUGGAUAUGGGUAGAGUUGACCAAAGUCAGUGCCAACUCAGACCCUUGCAAUACUUCCACAAUGAAUAGCUCUUGCAAGGACGGAUGCAGAGAGAUUUGGAACCAAUGUACUUCCUGUUAAAUGCAGAGGUUAUGUUGUCUGUAGCUCCGGAAGUAAUUCCUGGUCUGUAGAGACAGUACCUUCACCUUGAGUUUCACACAUGCGAGCAGAUCUCUUUCAGACCUGUUUUGGGCUUAAGUUCUUAUCAGCUUUUUAGACUUUUCUUAUUUGAUAGAUUAUCCAUUGACAAAUUUUAAGUGAAACCCGCUUAGUAAAACUACAUCUUCAUGAUUUUACAUUUAAAACGUAUGGUUCCAUCUUGUUCUUUAAUUUCCUAUGAAAUUCCUCUCUGAAAUCAGCUCAUUUUAUCAAUAGUCAUCAGCUUUAUAAUCUUUUCUUGAAACUACAUAUAUAAGUACUCUCUUCUACUUCCCCCCCAUAACCCUCCCCC